UUCUUCACUCUUUCAGUUUCUUUCGUUUUUCUAUGAAUCUGAAUCAUCGUGCUUCCUUCUUUCUUUAUAUCUAUCGGUUCUUGCACAAAUCGUAGAUUAUUGUUGGAAUUGAAAUGUUGGACUCUUGUCCGCUGUCGGUUUUCGGGUAGCACUAGAACUGAUGUUUUAGCUAACAGAGUUAUAGAAGUCACUGGAAACCCUCCUGUUCUGAUAUCUUGGUUUGGUUUGGUGCUUCAUAGACAGUGGCUUUUGGUUUUUCUGUGGAAUUGAUGUUUCCUUCUAGGGAUUUGAUUCUUAUGAAAAAAUUUCCCCUUGCAGAGAGCAAUGGAAUUUUUAGAAUAUUAUCGAUGAUUCGGAUUCCCACUCUUAUUAAUAGGCACAGGAGAAAACUCCUCGUAUCAAUUUGAUGUAUGCGUUCAAUAGUCCAGCAUCUCCUGGCUAACAACCCAGACUUGGCCAGAUAUUAAGGGUAGGAAGACAUAUUAUUUUACUGAGCUUGCGCUUUACAUUUGCCCUAAUUAGUGAAGACUAAGGGGAAGCAUCCUUCAUGACAUAGAGCUCACAAACUUGUUCAGCAAAUUAAUGGAUAUUAUGAUAUUAUACAAUUGCUUAUUUACUGAUAAGGAAAAAAUCUCCAAAGCAUUCAUGAGUGCAGGCCAUGUGAUGUGAAUGAGAAUUUAGAAACGUGGUGCCAUGAUUGGAGAGGAACAAAGAUGAUAUACUGGUGGGGCUCUGAUGUGCAUUUUCCCUGUCCCUAAAGAACCGUUAUUUGCCAGCUGCGCAACCUUAGAUGGUCAGCAUCUCCCAAGAUAAACCACUCUUCUAUCUGAUACCACAUCAAUCAAAAGCCUUAUCAAUCAAAAAUCUACAACGAUAGCCAAGUUUCGAUCCUAGUCAUUGAUUUUGGAUUAUACAAUAUGUGGUGAAGGGACCCGAUUUUGUAUCUACAUCAGAAUAAUAUGUUUCAAUGGUUUGGUUCUCUCAUUGUGACUUCUCUAUCUGCCAUCAGAGACUUUCUUCCUUUAAGAGGAUUUAUUCUUGAUCAUUUUUCAAGUGAGAGUAAUGUUAGAAAAAAAGAGGAUGAAGUUGGCUUUUGUAAUGAAUAUGCUGGCCUCUCUGCAUUCUUUUGUUGCAUCUACUGAUCAAGUUGAUGUGCUAAUAGACUUGAAGCUUACACUUAAAGCUUCUGAUAAUCAGCUUUCUGGUUGGAGCCAAAAUCAAGUCAGUCCAUGCGCAUGGAUGUAUAUUAACUGUGAUGGUGAUGAUGUUGUGCAAAUAUCAUUUCCUUCUAUUGGGUUCACUGGAACCUUGUCCCCUAGAAUUGGAGAACUCUCAUAUCUUAAAGGACUGUCGUUCCCAGGUAACAAUAUAACUGGCAAAAUUCCUGAGGAGUUUGGAAAUUUGUCAAGAUUGACAAUUUUGAAUUUGGAAAAUAACCACUUGAGUGGAGAGAUACCAAAAACUCUUGGCAAGCUGACUAAACUUGAAAACUUGAUAUUGAGCCAAAAUGACCUCAGUGGAAGUAUCCCUGAUUCUCUUUCAAAUCUCCCAAACUUAUCUGACGUUAGUCUUGCAUUCAAUGAUCUUAGUGGUCAGAUACCCGACCGACUAUUUAAAUUUUCCAGAUACAAUUUUACUGGUAACCGUCUAAAUUGUGGCACGAACUUACAUCCUUGUGUAUCCAUUGUAUCUGAUCAAAAAGGAUCCAAUCAUGUAAAGGUGGAAGUGGUGCGUGGAAGCAUUGGAGUAAUAGUUCUUCUUCUUGCAGGGGUUCUAUAUCUUAAAUGGAAGAGUAGGAUGAAAAGUCGUCGAAACGAAGUUUUUGUUGAUGUUGCAGGGCAAAAUGAACCUAAAAUUGCAUUUGGACAACUGAAAAUAUUUGGAUGGCAUGAACUACAAAUAGCAACAGAUAGCUUCAAUGAGAGAAAUGUUCUUGGGAAGGGAGGUUUCGGGAAGGUAUACAAGGGAAUGCUUGCAGACAAUACAAAAAUUGCAGUAAAACGGCUGACCAAUCAUGGAACUCCUGGAGGGGAAGCUGCUUUUUUGCAUGAAGUUGAAUUGAUAAGUGUAGCUGUGCACAGAAAUCUUCUAAGGUUAAUUGGGUAUUGUACAACAGCAUCCGAACGGCUUCUAGUCUAUCCUUUUAUGCACAACCUAAGUGUUGCCUACCGUUUACGAGAAUUUAAACCUAAUGAGCCAGAAUUAGAUUGGCCUACAAGAAAACGAGUGGCUUUGGGCACAGCUCAAGGAUUAGAGUACCUUCAUGAACAUUGCAAUCCCAAGAUUAUUCAUCGUGAUAUUAAAGCUGCCAAUGUCUUGCUCGAUGAGAAUUUUGAUCCAGUUGUUGGGGAUUUCGGCCUGGCAAAAUUGGUAGAUAUGACAAAGACUUCUGUGACAACUCGAGUUUGUGGAACCAUGGGUCAUAUAGCACCUGAAUAUUUGUCAACUGGGAAGCCGUCCGAGAAGAGUGAUGUUUUCAGUUAUGGGAUUAUGCUCCUUGAACUUGUCACUGGGCAACGUGCUGUGGACUUUUCACUCUCGGAGGGUGAAAAUGAAGUGUUACAUAUAGAAAAUGAAGUGUUACCAACUAUACUAGCUGGAACCAUCUAGUUUUAUUAUAAUAGAGACCUCCUUGUGCUAUGCAUGUGACUACAAGAGGAAAAACUGAAGUACCAAAGAGGAAACCUAGCGGACAUGUUAAAUAGAGCACUAAAAAAACUAUUUUAUAGAGAGUUGGAAAAGGAGAAUUAUACAUGGAAGAGAGCAGCCAUUUGUAACUGAUUAAAUCUUCAAAUAGUUAUUUUUCUGACUUUCGGUCAAUUUAAA